CCAAUGAAACUACUAUCACUACCACCAAUACAAUCACAACCAACUCAAAAAUGGCAAGACAACCAAGAUGUUCCAGGCAACAAAGUUCCUUGUCUUGGUUAUAAAUAUUCCGAGUUUAGAUCUUCAAAACGCAAUAUGAUGAGAUUAGAAAAUAUAUGUAAAAAGAUUGAUGGAAGACUUGGUAGUCCUCUGCAUUUUGUGCUCAACUGCAAAAAUUGUAACACAGUCUGGAAUAGAGAUGACGAAAUCUUCAUUAUAUUGCAAGGCAGCAAAUGA